AGGGGAGACUGUGGGUCGGCCGGUUCCCGAACGUAUUGAGUUUCCGCGUGUUUUGUUUCUCUCCUGUUAACCUUAAACUGACGUUGAAACUCUGUGCCCGGCUCAGAGUUGUGUUUCUUUUAUUAGCUGAGUUUGCUGUGUUAUCGUUGACUCUCCCUUGUGACUUCAAGACGGUGGAAAACUACCUGUGGAUCUACUCAUUCGGUGAUAACAAUGUGAUGUGACGGAAUCCAAAGUGUUUGCAUUUCAUAAAUGUUUCCGAUGAUUUCGAAAGUGGUUUUUGUGUAAGUGAAUUAUGGUAUAGUUGGUGUUCAUAAUGUGUCCAGCAUAUUCUCCACACUCAUGCUGCUUAUGGAAAUUAACGUAUGUCGCACUGAUUGCCCUGAUCCUGCUGGAUGGAUCUAGUUUCGGGAUGGACUACAGCCACUCGCAGGCGCCGCGGAUCUCGGAGCACCCGGCGUCGAAGACGGUGACGAAGGGGGAGCCGGUGACGCUCAACUGCAAGGCGGUCGGGAAGCCGGAGCCCUCGAUCGAGUGGUACAAGGACGGGCAACUGGUCAGCUCCUCCGGGCCGCAGCGGAUGGUCCUCGACCGCGGAACCUCCCUCUUCUUCCUCUCGACCCGCUACGGGAAGAAGGACUCCGACAGCGGCGUCUACUGGUGCGUCGCCAAGAACGAGCUCGGACAGGUCACCAGCAACAACGCCACACUUGAAGUUGCAGUUCUCCGGGAUGAGUUCCGAGCUGAGCCGGCAAAUACGAGAGUCGCAGCCGGAGAAACGGCUCUGCUGGAAUGCGGUCCACCCAAAGGUCACCCGGAACCCACCGUCCAAUGGAAGAAAAACAAUCAGUUUAUUGACUUCAACGUUAACAAGAGGUACCGAUUGGUGGACGGUGGCAAUUUAGCGAUCCAAGAUGCAAGAAAAAUUGACGAAGGGCGCUACCAGUGCAUUGCAAAGAAUGUGGUCGGUGCCAGAGAAUCAACCCCUGCGAUGCUAGAUGUUCAUGUGAAGCCGUAUCUGAUCCGGGGCCCGAAGGACGAGACGGUGCUGGCGGGGGGGACGGUGGAGUUGCAGUGCAACGUGGGCGGGGACCCGCUGCCGGACGUCCUGUGGAAGCGCUCGGCCGGCGGCGGGAACAUGCCGCUGAGCCGGGUCCUCAUCCUGGAGGACCGGAGCCUGCGGCUGCGGGACGUGGCGCCCGAGGACGAGGGCGAGUACUCCUGCCUGGCCGACAACUCGGUCGGCUCCGUCACCGCCAGCGCCACCCUCGUCGUCCACUCCCCCCCGAAGCUCGUCGAGAAGCCCCCCGACCACAUCACCAUCGAGCGCGACAGGGACGCCAUCUUCGUCUGCGCCGUCGCCGGCAACCCCAGGCCCUCCGUCUUCUGGUCCAUCCAAGGGUACAAGACUUUGAUUUACCCGGGCGACGUAUUCGAGCGGUUCGAAGCGGAGGCGACGUCGGAAGGGCACACGAUCCUGACGGUGCACAACGUGAGCGAGAGCGACUCCGGGAAGGUGGUGGUCUGCUCGGCGGUGAACCAGGUGGGCUCGGACGUGUGGCAGUCGACGCUGACGGUGGCCAGCCCGGACGACCACCAGCCGCCGAUCAUCGUCCACGGCCCGGCCAACCAAACGCUCCCGUUCAAGUCCAGCGCCACGUUCCCCUGCCAGGCGGCCGGCAACCCGCAGCCCCUCAUCUCCUGGUACAAGGACGGCAUCUCCAUCAUGCCCAUCGCCAACAAGGUCAACGUCACAGAGGCUGGCACUCUCUCCAUCAAAGAUUUGGAAAAGGGAGACGGUGGCUUGUACACUUGCGUCGCUUCAUCAAGAAAUGGGAAAGCCACUUGGACAGCGAGUUUGAAAUUGGACACUCCAACAAACCCAAAUAUAGCAUUUUUCCGAUCCUCAGAACCAUCCACGUUUCCAGGUCCGCCCUCGAAACCAGUCAUUGUCAAUAGAACGGAAACCACUGUCACCCUUUCUUGGACUCGAAGUAAUAAAGUUGGUGGUUCGUCUCUGAUAGGUUACCAGAUCGAAAUGUUUGCCCGCGAAAAUUCCAAUGUCACAAAUGGAGGAUGGGUUGUUGUUGCUCGCCGUUUGACUGGUAACACGUACACUCAGCAUCAUCUUCUUCCUGGUGCAAGUUACUCAUUUCUUGUCCGGGCUGAGAACUCACAUGGCUUAUCUCCACCGUCUCCGUUUUCUGACACUGUCAUUUUAUCAUCGGGAUUAGAAACCAAAGAACUUGACCCAGUCGCAAUACAGUUGAAAGAAGCCAAAAAGGCCUUGUUUAGAGGCCAUGUUGUUGAUUUAAUCAAUGCUCAACCAAUCAGUUCAACCUCUGUGAAACUGAAUUGGCAGAUGGUGAACUCAGAUUUUGUGGAGGGCUUCUACAUUUACUCCCGCAGUCUUGAUGGUGCCUUGAGAUCUACAAGCAUGCGCACUGUUCUUCAUGCCGGAGAAACUUCCGGAUCUGGAUUCCUCUUCACUGGUUUAGCCAAAUACAAGAGAUAUGAAUUCUUUUUGAUUCCUUAUCACAAGCACAUUGAUGGCAGACCCUCUAAUUCUCGUAUUGCUAGAACGGUGGAAGAUGUUCCAUCAGAGCCUCCAACUCAUAUGGAGCCUCUCCUCCUCAACUCUAGUUCGGUGUAUUUGAAAUGGAAAGAACCUCCAGACUCGUCACACAAUGGAGUUAUUCGAUCAUACCAGGUUGUCGUGCGUGGUGGCUCCAACAACACAGUCUUGAGCAACGUUUCUGUAAAUGCAGCAUCACCUUCCUUACUGCUUACUAAUCUGACUGCUGGGGCAACAUAUUUCAUUGCAAUUGCUGCCGCUACAAACAAAGGAACUGGCCCCUUCUCAAAUCCAUUGUCCCUAAGGUUGGAUCCAUCACGGAGAUUACUUUUGACUGAUAACAUUUAUCAUAUGUAUGAUGCACCAAAUUGGGAAGAAUCCGAUGUUGAGUGGAUAUCUGCUCCAUGGUUUAUUGCCUUACUGGGGUCGAUGGUUGCAGUAAUGACUCUUCUCUUUGGUGCAAUGCUGUUUGUGAGAAAAAGGCAGUUAUUGGCAAAGAAAACUACUCUUGACUCUCGUUCCAAUGUGGGCAUGCUGGCAACUCCACUGAACUCUAAAUCUGGCACAGGGUUGCAGCAUCCGAUUUCUCCUCCUUUGUCGCACACAGCUCUGUUGCCUCAGCAUGACAGCUCUUUGUGGAUAGAUGGCGCACAGCAGUCCUCUAACAGUUCAUGUUCUUGGAGGCUUUCUUCUGAGAAUAGUGACAAAGAGUCUUCCACAAGACUUCUGCAGAAUGGUAGCAUCUCCGCAAUGCCAGAUUAUGCUGAGGUCCAGCAAAAUGGAGCCCUGAGCACAUUCCAGGGUCACAAGGUGUAUGGAAAUGGUUAUGAAAUUAGCUGUGAUAAUGAUAACUCCCUGGCUCCUUACGCCACUACAACUUUAGUGCCUCCUAAUGCCAGAAUGCAUGGCACUAGAACAGUUCAGGGCUGGAUGCAAGUUGAUCCGCAAACAUAUCAGACAGACGAUCCUCCUUAUGCACCUUCCAAUUAUGCUCGCAAUGUUUACUCGGACACUUAUUACUUUAGUGGGAAUGGAGAGUACUGCAAAACAGGUGGAAGCGUUAUUGGUGUACCUGUCAUAGUUAAUGCUCAAGGACACCGCGUUGUCACAAAAUUGGGGCCGCGCCCGCCUCGUUCUACCCCACCACCACCAUCAAAUCCUCCUCCAUCUUUAAACUUCUAUAAAUCUCAGCUCAGCAAAUAUUAUCACCAUGCCAAGUCAUCAAAUUCAGUAGAUCAUUAUCAGCAGAUCUCAGUCAGUAAACCUGACUCCACAAAUCACUAUUCACAUCCGAAUGUGCCUGAUGUAGAUCCACCUCCAGAUGUCAUUUCUGAACCAGCGAAUUACUUGCGGCCGAAAAAUACACACUGGAGAUCUACGUCGAAUAGUUCCAGAAUAAUGCCUAGUUACCCCAACAAUCAGUAUCAACCUAUUUACAAUUCAUCGAGGAGUGAACCUGGUGAUAGGCACAGGAACAGCUCUUCGUGAUCUUAGUUACCUUAUAUUUGUUCCCCGGGUAGGUAGUUAGUUCAGGCCCAAAUUUAUCUAAUGAUCUUUCAAUUCUGAGGGACUUAUUUGGAGGAAAUAAAUUUUCUGGUCUCCAAAGUCUUUCGGUACCAAUACUCAUUGUUGUUUUGUCAGACCGAGUCAUUUAACGAUUCCUAUUUUCUAUUUGAAAUUUUGUACUGAUUAAUUGUAUCUUCUUUUUUCCAAUUUAAUUGCGAUAUAAAAAUUGAAAACAUCAAGUCCUGGUCAAGGGAAAGAAUAAGCUCAUUUAUUUAUGAACUUCAACAUAGGUAGGUAUUAUAACACUAUUCAUUAAGUGAUGAUACCAAAACUUAUCAAAACCACUGCCAAACUUAUUAUUUAAUUUGUAAUUUAGAAUUGGCAUUUGUACACUCUAUUUUAAUAUUAAGACACACCACCAGUGUGUUGAGUUCUGUUUUGAGAAGGUGCGUAUCUACCUAUGAGAUUUAAUGGCAUUUAAGACUAAAAAUUAUCUAAAUUUUCACUAAUAACCUGUUAUAUACAUAUGAAGGCAAACCUUUCUGCCACAUAAUAUUAAAUGUUGUGAUGGGAUGAUACCUUUUUGCCCAUAGUAUUCAGGAAAGGUAUUUUUAACAAAAGAAC